UUCAGCUGCUGAACACAGAGAUACUGUAUUUGACUUUUAGAUCGAUAGAUAGAGAGAGCGCAUCUUGUUAGGCAGAUAUCUGGGCCCGGUAGUGACUGAGAACAGAGUUUGGUAUGUUCUUGAACACGGCGUCUCCCCAGAGAUCAUUCAGCAUCCCAAUUAACAUCAACCUGCAGGGUGCUCGCAGGCGGCAGAGACGAGAGCUCCUCCACAGGGUGACGGCCCAAGAGAAAGAUGGCAGCGCGCCUGCGGAAGACCACGGGGAGCCGCGAGUGCGUAGCCAGAAGCCAGUGACGAGCAUCGGGGAAGAGCGAGCCAUCCUGUUGGGCUUCAGCAUGAUGGCCUUCUCCGCGCUCAUGUUCUUCGUGGUUGGAAUCACAAUGGUCAAACCGCAUGUUAAUAGUAAGUGGGAGGAGGAGGACAUUUGUGUGCUGCUGCACACUGAAAUCUUGGCCGAGUGGGUUGACUGCAGAGGUGUGAGCAGCAUGCCGUGCUUGGCGGUCAUCGUUAACCUCACGGGCUCCAAUCAAAAAGCUUUUCUGCACUAUGACGAGGAGUCAGUGUUACUGACGCCCAAGUGUUUUUACAUCCCCAAAUGUAAAAUGGAUCAAACAGAACUUGAAGGUGAAGCCCUGAAGGUGAAAAGUAACUUGGACUCUCAGGUGGGAAGCGCCUCCUCAUGCCUCACAGACCUUGCCAGGCACCCCGGGGAUGUCAUCUUGAGCAGAAAGUACACACUGACGAAGACCCUGCAUGCUCUGCUGUGGCCGAGCCUGAUGCUGGCCGGCGGAGUCCUUCUGGUGGGCCUGGUGAAAAUGACGCAGUGUCUUGCUCAUCUGUCGGUUGAGAUAUGCAGCAGGAAGGCGGGGGGGCGGAUGACUUCUAGAUACGGUCAGGGCAAAUUCUACAAACUCCUCCAGAGGUCGGCUGUGUCCUCGCCUAUCUGACUGCGAUGUUGACAUUGUCAAAAUAUAAGCAAGAUGGCCAAAGUUGGAAUCCUGUGACCAGUUUAAUGAGGUCCAAGUUUUGGUGUUGAACUGCAGUCACCUACUGAAUUGUAUUUAGCUUCAUCGGAGGGCAGUUUUGGGCAGUACAAAAGAUUUUGUGAAUGAUUGCAAGUUACACGUAUUAGUCCUCUUUUCUACCCGCACACCAAAGUGCCAGUACCACACCAAAAAUGCAUCAUUCCUGAAUGCCACAAUUCACAAAACAGAUCGGUGUCGUUAUUGUAAUUCUCAAGUGAGAAGGUUGACCCCGCGGAUGAGAAGGCCGCCGGCACAGAGGAGGCCCGGGAGCACGUUAGCUCAGGAGCUAGCUGGUGGCUUGUGCCUGUCGUCACAAAUUUGGUAGGGUUGUUAAAGGUGAAAAUAUGCACUCUAUUUAGACAAUGUGAUGUUAAAUCCUCUCUCAUUUAAUUGUGUUUUGAGAAGAUUUUUACGAAUUUUUAGGGGCGCCGCCAUUUUCGUGAGUCGCAUGACCUACGUGGGCGUAUGUUACGUGCCGUACCAAACGCUCGAUUACAUGGGACAACAUUAUGCCCAGCGCAGAUUUCUCAGAUUUAUACUCAUCUGAUGAAGACAUAGCAGUAUCGGUUGAUCGGGAAGACUGAGGAAUACUUUCAUACACAGCCGUGAGCGGCACGGCCGUGAGUGGCUCGACCACUCGGUUGAUCGGGAAGACAAAGCAGUACUUUCAAACAAAUUUGAACUUGUGGCUGUAAAUAAUGCCGCUGCAAGCGAGCUCCGCCGCUCGGCUGUAAAUAACGUUGAAUAUUCGGAUGGUUCUUCUGGCGGAAUGACGGGGAGUCAGACGAGCUCACUCCG